AUGGACGUAACAACGCCAAUCAGGCCAGCCGAUCUCUUCUCAGCAAAAGGACUAGUCGUAGUCAUAACAGGCGGAGGCAGCGGUCUCGGUCUCGCCAUCGCAUCCGCCCUCCACCAGAAUGGCGCUGAACGCGUAUACCUCCUCGGCCGGCGCGCCGACGUGCUCGAAAAAGCCGCCAACAACCUCCAAUCCAACACACCGCGCACCUCGCAAAGCAGCAGCGGCUCCGUCCACGGCAUCCCCUGCGACGUAACAGACCUCUCGUCUGUCCGGGCCGCCGCCGAAACCAUAAAGAAGGACAUUGGCUACGUCGACGUCCUAAUCAACAACGCGGGUGUCAUUGGGCCCAAAAACGGCGCCGACAUUUACAAAGCAGAGUCGAUCCAACAACUCGCCGACACCAUGGUCGCCGGCUACGACGACUGGUCCCAAGCCAUGGCUAUCAACACGCAAUCCGUCAUCGGCGUCAGCGCUACCUUCCUCCCUCUGCUCGAAGCAGCAAACCCCCGCCGCGGAUGGGCUCCGGGCAAAGUAACAGGCACAGGCAAUGCGCGGGCGCGCGAUACUUCCGCCGCGGAGGCCAACGGCAUAGACACCGACGACGACCGCAUGGCACACAUCAUCACCGUCGCGUCAGUCGCGUCGUACAUGCGCUGGGUAUCCGCGGGUCUGGCAUACAACGCUAGUAAAGCGGCGGCUGCACACUUGGGCAAGAUGAUGGCAACGUUCUUGUCCGAGUGGGGUGUCAGGAGUAAUAUCGUUUGUCCUGGGCCUUAUCCGAGCGAUAUGACGGCUGGUAUACACCCGGUCUAUGGCACGAAUCAGAUUCCGCAGGGGAGGAUGGGCGGGAUUGGUGAUAUUAGCGGAUUGAUGCUUUUCUUGGUUGGUAAGGGCGGGGCGUAUGUUAAUGGGACUACGCAGCUUACUGAUGGCGGGAGGGUGAGUGUGUUUCCUGCUGUGUAUUAG